CUGUAGUCUGCACCUGCCAAACACAGACAGGUAAAACAGAACUGAGAGAGUUGCUGCUGAGCGUUGCUAAUCUGAUUAUGUGACCUGAGAGGACAACACAUGAUCAGCUGAGAAAGAAAAGGGACGAGGCCAGGCAAGCUGCUCUAUACUUGCUUCCUUCCUUCUACAAAAUGCCUCUCUUUAUAAACCGAGACCAAAUAUUUGCUCAUCAGGUACACCUGCUGGAGCACAAAUUAAGGAGUAAAGAGGAGAGAAUACUUGAACUGGAGACCGAGAAUGCCCUUCUUCAUUUAAGACUUGCAGAGUGUUCGGGUAGACAGCGCCGGGACCAUGAUGAGGGAACCAAGGCUGUGAACGAUCAUCAGCUUCAGAGUAGUGCACGGAAGAUAACCCAAUCAGCCCUCAUCAAGCUUCUCUCAGGGGUUCAGGCUGUGAAGCAUGACCUGAGUGAGUUGUUUGCAGUGUAUGUGAGUUUUGCCACCGAGUUGGAGGAGCAGAGCAAGCAGCUCCUGGAGAAAGUAGAGCAAGCCAACUCAUCUCUGAACGGUCACAGUGAGGAUGGAUUUCAGAAUUUGCAGGUUCGUGUUGCAGCCCUGGAGCACUCUCUGGAGGAAGAAAGGGAGAACUGCAGGGCAGAGAGGCGGAAGCGGAAAGAACUUCACAACACACUGGUGGAGCUCAGAGGGAACAUUCGGGUUCACUGCAGGGUGCGUCCAGUUCUUCCUUUUGACCAGAUCCAGUCCUCAACUUCCGGAUCAGGGUCUGCAUCAUCAGAGGAAGUAAUCCAAGCAGUCAGUGAUGAUACAGUGAUGGUGAAUUGCAUGAAGGCGGGGAUGCUGGUGCAAAACAAAAUGUUUGAGUUUGAGAGGGUACACGGACCAGAGGAUUCCCAGGAGGCUGUGUUUGAAGAAGUCAAGUCACUUCUAACAUCUCUGCUGGAUGGCUAUAAUGUGUGUAUCAUGGCAUAUGGGCAGACAGGCAGUGGGAAGACUCACACCAUGAUGGGAUCCCAGUUCCUGGAUGAGCUCUCAGGGACACAGCAGGAGGCACAGCAGGGUAUUAUCCCAAAGGCUGCUGCUGAGCUCUUUCGGCUGAUCUCUGAGAAGCCUGCAGAAAGUCACACAGUGGAAGUGUCAGUGAUGGAGGUGUACAACAAUGAGGUGUUUGACCUGCUGGCCAGGGAUGAGCACAGCAAUGCAGCUGGCCAGAGACGGGAUGUCAUCACCUCCUCCUCCGGUGCCAGCCAGGUCCCCUCCCUCACAUCUGAGCCCGUGAGUAAUGCCUCUGAGGUGAUGCAGAUUAUUAGCAGCGUUCUGAAGCUCAGAGCUCACUGUCCCACCCUUGUCCACGCGGACUCAUCACGCUCUCACCUCAUUGUGACCCUCACGGUUUCCUCCAAGAGUCCCAAUGCAGUGGCCCUGGCCCGCAGGCUACAGAGUGCCAAGAUGGACAUGCGGCGCUCCACCCAGAAGGAGUGGUGGAGUCCACGCUGUCGCCGUGCCAACCUCGCCGCCCACCACCCAGCGGACGAAACCUCUGCAAGCCCCGCGUCCUCUCCCUGCUCGACCCCGUCCCUUUCUCCCUGCCCCUCCCCGAGACACAGCAUCACUCAGACUCCAUUCAGGACAAAGCUUCAGCUGGUGGACCUGGCUGGCAGCGAGUGUGCUGGUAUGUCUGGAGUUUCAGGUGCAGCUCUCUGGGAGUCAUCAUGUAUAAACCGUAGUCUCUCGGCUCUGUCUGAUGUCCUUGGAGCUCUGGCUGAACACAGACCACACAUCCCUUACAGGAACAGCAAACUCACUCAUCUGCUGCAGGAUGCCAUAGGUGGUGAUGCCAAGCUGCUAGUGAUGCUCUGUGUCUCCCCGACGCAGCGCUUCAUCACAGAGUCCCUGCAGUCUCUUGGUUUUGGCACGCGGGCACGGCAGGUACAGAAGGAGCCACCCCGAAGAAAAAAUAAUAGCCUCAAAGUUAAAUAAGAAAGCAAAGGAAGAUCUUUAACAUAGAUCCUUUAUGAGUCAUUACAACAAAUAGAAGGGCGAGUGUUAUAAUAGGGGCACAACAUUCACCCUUAUAUUCUAGCCCAGUGGUUCUUAACCUGGGUUCGAUCGAACCCUAGGGGUUCGGUGAGUCGGUCUCAGGGGUUCGGCAGAG